AUGUUCUCAACACCAAGUGAUGAAGAUAUAGCUAAAAUUUUAGCUUCACUACAAGCCCAAGCUAUCGCCACUCAACCAUUAGAAAGCACCAAAAAACCUGCUACAGUUUUCUUCGAAGAACGUAAAGAAGAAAUUACUAGACAAGCUGUCAAAACAACUGGAGGCGCCACAACGAUUUUCUUUGAGGAUGAUGAUUUUUCAUUUCAACCUUCUUUGAAAGUGGACACUGCACCAUCUAAAGCUGUAGAAAUUACAACGGAAGAGAGAGGAACAAGAAUAGCUCAAAAUGAAAUCGACACUGAAAAACCUUCUACUGACAAUGAAAAUACCGAACCAGAAUGCACUGAAGGCCACCAAAUCGUACCUACAAUCGCUUACACAACUUUAACUUACCUAACAACUUUCUAUAUUCCUUUGGAAGAAUCUACUAGUACUUCCGUAAAAUCUAACGUAGUAGUCAGUAGCCAAAAUUCAUUACAAACUAUUGUAUGCAACAUAAAAGCUAGCAAUGUAGUUGAAACCACUACAGAACCUACUAUAGCCCCAGCAACUGAGCCUUUACCAACAACUACAGACCAAAUAACCACCGCUGACAAGGAAGAAACUUUAACAACCACAUUAGGAAACAAAACUGAUGAAGAAGAAACAACCACUAGUCAAGAUACAACUUUACCUCAAGAAAUCACCACUGAAACUCGUUACGUUACCGAGUCCAAUCCAGAAGUUACUGAAGCUAUAACUGAAGAAGGCGAUGAAGUAGACCUACUAUUCAAAACCCUUUACACUACAUACACCUACUUAACAACCUAUUUCCAAGAUUCUACUAGCUCUGUUGACAGCGGAAUUGACAGAACUGUAGUAUUACAAAUGUAA